AUGGUUGCCGCAGUCGGUAUUGACUUGGGCACGACCUAUUCGUGUGUAGGCGUCUUCCGAGACGACCGAAUUGAAAUCAUUGCCAAUGACCAGGGUAACCGAACCACACCCUCCUUCGUGGCCUUCACGGACACGGAGCGUCUAAUCGGUGAUGCCGCCAAGAAUCAAGUCGCUAUGAACCCUCAGAACACCGUCUUCGAUGCCAAGCGUCUGAUCGGUCGCAAGUUCUCGGAUCCUGAGGUUCAGGCUGACAUGAAGCACUUCCCCUUCAAGAUUGUUGACAAGAAUGGCAAGCCUAUCGUCGAAGUUGAGUACAAGGGUGAGGUGAAGCAGUUCACACCCGAAGAAAUCUCUUCUAUGGUCCUUACCAAGAUGCGAGAGACCGCUGAGGCUUACCUUGGUGGCACUGUCAACAACGCUGUUGUCACUGUACCUGCCUACUUCAACGAUUCUCAGCGACAAGCUACCAAGGAUGCCGGUCUAAUUGCUGGCUUGAACGUUCUCCGAAUCAUCAACGAACCCACAGCUGCCGCCAUCGCUUAUGGUCUUGACAAGAAGACCGAGGGUGAGCGCAACGUUCUCAUCUUCGAUCUCGGUGGUGGUACCUUCGAUGUGUCUCUCCUAACCAUUGAGGAGGGUAUCUUCGAGGUCAAGUCUACUGCUGGUGAUACUCACUUGGGUGGUGAGGACUUUGACAACCGACUUGUCAACCACUUCGUCAACGAAUUCAAGCGUAAGCACAAGAAGGAUCUCUCUACCAACGCUCGUGCUCUGCGCCGUCUCCGAACCGCUUGUGAGCGAGCCAAGCGUACUCUUUCUUCUUCCGCUCAGACCUCUAUUGAGAUCGACUCUCUAUUCGAGGGUAUCGACUUCUACACGUCUAUCACCCGUGCUAGAUUCGAGGAGCUUUGCCAGGAUCUCUUCCGAUCCACCAUCCAGCCUGUCGACCGUGUCCUUGCCGACGCUAAGAUCGACAAGUCUCAAGUCCACGAGAUUGUCCUCGUCGGUGGCUCCACUCGUAUCCCCCGUGUGCAGAAGCUCAUCACCGAUUACUUCAACGGAAAGGAGCCAAACAAGUCUAUCAACCCCGAUGAGGCCGUCGCCUACGGUGCUGCCGUGCAGGCUGCUAUCCUCUCUGGUGACACCAGCUCCAAGUCGACCAACGAGAUCCUGCUUCUCGACGUCGCCCCGCUUUCCAUCGGUAUCGAGACUGCUGGUGGUAUGAUGACCAAGCUCAUCCCCCGCAACACUACCAUUCCCACCAAGAAGUCUGAGGUCUUCUCCACCUUCUCGGACAACCAGCCUGGUGUCCUGAUCCAAGUCUACGAAGGUGAACGUCAACGCACUAAGGACAACAACCUGCUCGGCAAGUUCGAGCUAACUGGUAUCCCGCCUGCGCCUCGUGGUGUUCCUCAAAUUGAGGUCACUUUCGAUGUCGAUGCCAACGGUAUCAUCAACGUCUCUGCCGUUGAGAAGGGCACUGGCAAGUCCAACAAGAUUGUCAUCACCAACGACAAGGGUCGUCUAUCCAAGGAGGAGAUCGAGCGUAUGCUUUCCGAAGCCGAGAAGUACAAGGAGGAGGAUGAGGCUGAAGGUCGCCGUAUCAGCGCCAAGAACGGCCUUGAGUCGUACGCAUACUCUCUCCGAAACACUCUCUCCGACUCCAAGGUCGACGAGAAGCUCGACGCUGGUGACAAGGAGAAGCUCAAGGCCGAGAUCGACAAGGUUGUCUCUUGGCUCGACGAGAACCAACAGGCCACCCGCGAGGAGUACGAGGAGAAGCAGAAGGAGUUGGAGGGCAUUGCCAACCCCAUCAUGAUGAAGUUCUACGGAGCUGGUGGUGCCGGUGGUGUUCCCGGUGCCGGCGGCCCUGGCGGCUUCCCCGGUGCUCCCGGCGGUGCUCCUGGCGCUGGCCAGGAUGAUGGCCCCACUGUUGAGGAGGUCGACUAA